ACAACUACUGCCUGCCCUCCCCACGAUCAAUUAUUCCUCACCUUUUCUUCUCCAAGUUUCCUCCUCCUCGUACAUUUUAUUGAUUGCGGUCACCUACAAUACUAUAUAGUAGCAUCUUCAGCAACAAAACUCUCCCUCGCCCGCCUGUAUCUUGCCCCCUCCACCCCCGUCCACCCCCGAUCCACUUCUCGCCUCAGCUACCUACUCCCAAACAUCAAUCAACCUCAACGCUAUCCAGCCAAAGUUUGGAGCUUCAACCUCUGCUCGCCGCAUUACUCAACGCGCCGCAUUACUCAACGCAGCCUACACCUUACAGCCUCUACGAAACUCGCAAAUAUGUCCGUCGAAAUCGAUCCGCAAGAGCUCGGCUUCCACCGCCCCUUCACAAGGGAGGUGUCGCAAGUCCUCAAGAUCAGGAACCCGAACCUUACUCCCAUUGCAUUCAAGGUCAAGACUACGGCACCAAAACAGUACUGCGUCAGACCAAACUCUGGCAGGAUAGAGCCGGGAAAGGAAGUCGAGGUUUCAGUCCUCCUACAGGCCAUGAAAGUCGAGCCACCUGCCGAUACGAGAUGCCGCGACAAGUUCCUUGUGCAAUCUGUGGCAGUCACCGCUGAUAAGGAGUUUACCAACAUUUCCCAGAUCUGGCAGCAAAUCGAUCAAGCAGAGAAGUCGUCGAUCCAGGAGAAGAAGAUUAGAGUCGUCUUCCUUGCGGAGGUGAGCGCCGGCCAGAACCUACCAGCUGUUUCUACGCCUCUUAGAAACGGUGUGAACACCAGUCUCAACGAUACGACUCCCAAUGCGGCUGCUCCCCUUUACCACUCCCCAUACCAAGAAGAAUCCACGCCUCAACGAUCGGCACCCCUCUCCGAAGCCACCGGCAACAGAUCGGUCUCUGACUCCAAAUCUUCACAACUCAGGGCCGAGAGCUCUCCGCAAACCGCCGAGCCAGCCGUUUCAAAGGCCAAUGCCAAGGAGAACAUUAAGGCGAUCCCAGCUGCCGUCUCCUCCGCCCUUCCCAACUCAGUCGAGGAGCUCAAGGCCCAGCUGUCGCAGGCACAAGCCACGAUUGCCUCAUACGGCCAAGAGGGCGGCUUGAGAUUACGCAAGGCCGGCAACGCCCUAGGCGUCGACGAAGUCGUCCCAGCAGCACAGGCGGCUAUCAGAACUACGUCGCAAGAGGGAGUCCCCGUUCACAUCACCGCCGCGCUCUGUCUCCUCACCUUCCUGAUCGCCUACUUCUUCUUCUAGACUGAAUAUACCCCAACGCGUACCUGGCGAUCCAGACCACGUAUCGAGGAGCUCCGGGGCGAUGUGACGAUGGAGGGAUGGAUUGUAGCAUUUUCGAAACCUAUACGCGCUCAGACAGACCCCUACGUGCUUCUUUCGGCGUGACGACUUGGGAUAUAAAAAGCUGAGGCUGCGAAGAGGGACGUCAUGUCAUGUCCAUUACACCCACACAGGGCGUGCUUUUGGCAGAAAUCACUACUACCGUGAUGAGAACACAAAAUCGGCUCUCUCUUUUUCCUAUUAUGCACUUUUAAGGCCCCUACGUACAAGAUGGCGAGCGAGCGCGGUGGCUAGGGUACUGGUAAUGCGUCCACAGUACGUUGAAUGCCCUGCAUGAGCUUCGUGUUUUCUACCGGCUCCAAAUUCCUUUUAUAGUUCUUUCGACCACCACAGCAUCUUUUUUUUAGGUUCUUUACGAGGAGGGGGGAUUCAUGAUCAUGAUUCCAUAAUUCUAAUACGAGUCAUUG